UCUAGUAACUUAAAAACAACAAUGGCGAACGUAUAGUAAAAUGACGCAAGUGUAACGUUCUACGGCAUGCGUUUUGUCAAUAUUUCUCUAGUAAAAAUUGCUUUAACUCCAUUAUUAGCGAUAGUAGUAAACACAUGACCAAUUAGAGUAAUAUUAUCCAUAAAGUGAAAGUAUGGCGCGUGAGUUUGACCACCUUUUCAAACUGCUGAUUAUCGGUGACAGUGGUGUGGGUAAGAGCUGUCUUCUCCUGCGUUUUGCCGACAACACAUUUUCCGGUAGUUAUAUCACGACGAUAGGGGUGGAUUUCAAAAUAAGAACUUUGGAAAUAAACGGUGAACGAGUCAAGCUGCAGAUAUGGGACACGGCCGGGCAGGAGAGGUUCAGAACUAUCACGAGCACGUACUACAGAGGGACGCACGGCGUCAUCGUCGUGUACGAUGUCACCAACGGCGAGUCCUUCGCGAACGUGAAGCGAUGGCUACACGAGAUCGAACAGAAUUGUGAUGUUGUUAACAAAGUUUUAGUUGGAAACAAGAAUGAUUGUCCGUCAAGAAAGGUGGUGGUCACUGAGGAUGCGCAGAGGUUCGCAAACCAAAUGAACAUACCGCUGUUCGAAACUAGUGCAAAGGAAAACAUUAAUGUGGAAGAAAUGUUUCUUACCAUCACAAAAAUGGUACUGCGAUCGAAAUUGGAAAUGAAAGAGAGACAAAACGUCACAUCAAACGACACGGUACAUUUAAAGAAGAGUCACAAAACUAAGAAGAAAUGUUGCUAGUGGUCGCACGGGACACCACGUGCCACGGACAUUGAUUAUCCAAUGCUCAAAUAUCAAGAGAUAUUGCACAACCCUAGCAGACCACUUGUACCACAGAGGAAUGUAUUUUUCUACAUGGUACAUUACAGUAUACCAUUAGAGCCUAUAGUUACAAUAGAUAAUGAACAGGGUGGGGUAAUCUGGUCUUACAGAUGUUUAUCCGUGCCCAUCUCUCGCGGCAUAGAGUCUAUAGUGUAUCAAAUGCACACAAUAGUUGAUCUCUACAUGUGCAAAUGGUCACGUUUGUAAUCCCCAUUGUGUUUACUUACAUGUAUGUGCUGGGUUGGACAGUCUUGAGUCAAGAGCAUGUACAUUGUGACUCCAAAAAUCUACUAUUAGAGUAUUGUGAAUGCAUAGUUAAUGUGUAUGAUUGUAUUCUCGUUAUCAAAAUUUAUAUGUGAUGGAAUGUUGUGUAUCAAUGGGAAUGUUGAACAUCAUAUGAAUGGGAUUAUCCAGUAAUGUUAUUUCUUUUAUCGAGUAUAAACAUGUAUUAUGGAUGGCAGAACUGAACAAAUAUUUACAUAAAAUUUGUAUAUGUAAUGUUAUACACAAAAAGUAUUAUUUGAAGGAAGACAACUGGAGUUAUAAUAGAAAGUGUUUUAAAUCUCUCAAAACUGAAUAGUGCUAAUUUUAUCAAAAUAUAGAUGAAAUCCAGUGCGAUUAUAUAGUGAGAAACUAUUUAUAAUUUUUUUAUUUAAAUAUUGGCAAAGUAUAUGUGCAGUUGUGUAACCGAAAUUCCAAAUUUAUUUAAUACCCUUAGGGAGAGUUUAUUACCAUUUUAUAACUCAGACUAGAUUGGAGGAUGGAUUAAAAUUGUUAUACAGUAUGGUGGCAAAGUUAGGAUAACUUGCAGUGAUGAUUAAGUCUAGGCUAUGUUAACCAUACUGAGUAAUUUUGUAUGAGGAAAAUAAAUAAUAAAAAAAUUAAGCAAAUAAUAGCUCAAUUUGGAAUUACUUUCUGCAAAUUAAAUUUUUGGUAUUUUUUCAAAAGAAUAACCACUGAUAAAAUUGUAGGGAUACAAUUGCCUUUACGGUAAGUGGGACUUGAUUUCCUUUUACUCUAAUUGAGGCAUUAUUAAUUUGCCUGAAAAUACAUAUUUUGCCGCCAAAAUAUAAAUAUAAUAUUGACAUGUGGAAUGUUUCUUUAUCUAUUUUAAUGAGAUUAUAAUAUUAUUUGCCAUCCUGGUUCUAAGACUCUGAGGUUUAAAUUAUAAGUAGUCAUUAUAUUGUGCGUUUUGAUAAUAAUUAUGCGUAUUACUGGGUUACAUAAUUAUACUGUGUUUAUUAGAAAUCCUCAAGUCAAAUACAUAUCUUCUGUAUUCGAUAUGUUCUGUCAAAUAAUUGCGUUUUUCACUUUUUUGUGAGUUAGUAAAUGUGUAUGUUAAAAUGUUUACCGAUGCCCCUGGUUGCGUAUUGAUAUUUUACAUCAUAUAAGUUUGCAAGUUAAGUUGAUGUGUUGUUUUCGCCAAAUUAUCAUUCCGUACAUUACAUUUGUACAAUAUCAUAUGCUUUUUUAUUUAAUAUGCAUGAUUUGUCUCGUUGCAGUACUCAUAUAUUAUUUUUAAGAAUUAUUGUUCAUAGGUACAUACCAGCAUUUUAUUUGUUUUUAAAGAUGUAAAUAGAUGAUAUAUUUUGCCCAUAAUAAAA